UAAGCGUCGGCUUCCUAUCACCUUCUCCGUUCUGUUCCUCCGAGAACCAGACCCCCAAGAUGUCUUAUUGUGGCUCCGUCUCCUACACGCCUUAUGCUUCCAAUAGUGGAUCCUAUGCCCUGGUCUCAUCGUAUGGAUCCGGCGCCCUCACCAGUCUUCCAUCCAACUACUACACCAGUGGCCACGUCAAUUGUGCCAGCCAACUCACCGGAUCGGAACUCAUCAUCCAACCUCCGGCUUCGGUGGUGUCCAUCCCAGGUCCCGUGAUAUCCUCCACUCACGAUCCUGUCUCGGUGGGCCAAGUGUCCCCAUGUAGUUACACCCACCCGCUGAACUCCUACGGGGUGUACGGCCGGCUUGGAUCCUUGGGCUACGGAAAUUACGGAAACUACGGAGGUUGGAGAAGAUACAGCCGCAAAUGCCUGACGUACAACUGAGAACCUUGUGAAGGCUUAACCGGAUCCCACCAUGGUGUGGAAUCACCUGGAAAGGAAAACGAGAUCUCCAUUUUGGCCUGUUGUGUUGUUCUCGGUCUAUGUGAUGCUUGCUAAGUUCUUCCAGCUCCAUCAUUUCCAGUUUGUGCCGAAGAUAGCUCCACGGAGCUACGGAAAGCUGGAAAGUUCUCUCCCCAAUUUACUCCCCCUUUACUCAUUUCAAAUACACUGUUUGUAACCUGGUUAGAAAUCCCCUCCUUUGAAUAGCUGUGAAAAAAAAAAACGCAACAGAACAAUAUUGUCCAUUUCUGCCUUGUGUACAUUGUUCCUUAGCACACAUGUAUUGCCUUUUGAUCUCACACUCUUUCACAAUAAAGCUUGUUGCAGCAUCAUAA